AUGUUGAAUCCUCCAUCUAAGCCUUCCCAUCUAUUCAACGUGUCCUCAGUCUUUGAAGUCACCAAAACUCUCGCUCCAGCAGAUAACAGAAACUACACCUUUCGUGGCACAACCAUUGCCAUCACCUGCGACGGUUGGGAGGGCGAUAAUUCCCGAGAGUACGACGGCACACUGGUUGCUUACUGCGGACCAAUGGAAGUUCCUCAAGAAGAUCACUGUUACGCUCUUAGAGCAAAAAUGAUCCCACAGGUCGACUCAGCCGACUUCAAAUUGUACUACGAAGCAGAACAUAAAAUUAUGGUCGGUACCACAGACACGUUCGCCGGCGAACUCAACAACAACACGGGUGCUUCAGGCCUUGGGAUUGUUACCUCUAAACACGACAUACCUGAGCCCAAUUCCGAAGACACAACGCUCUCCUUUGUCAUGAAUCACAUGGACUAUAGCCCCGAGCUCCGUGAGUCGGUCAGCUUCAAGGUCGAAUACAGGAUCAGGGCGACUCAAAAGCUCAAGAAAUCGCAGGGCAUUGUUCAAUGCGGCAAGGAAACCCUGGUCCACGGUUUCAUCGUUGAUUGGGAUAGUACUUCCAAUCGUUGGAUCGUUGAAGUCACCGCUUUGAACGUUUGCACCGGGCCUGAAGCGGUAUCUAAAAAACGCCAAACUGCUGGAACUAAGGUCAUCCGACUGGUCGAGUCCGACCCGCUAAGCACGUCCCCAACACCACUCCAACUCGGCCCACUGGUAGCUCCGUAA